AUGGAGAAGAUUGAUCAAUUACUUGGACCCCUCAACCCCAAUAAGAUAGCAGCUGGUACUGCACCUGACCCCAUCAAGGUCAUUGUAUUCACAGCUACGGGAGAUCAAGGUAGGAGUGUAUGUAAGGAGUUGAUAGGGGAUGGUGGAUUUAUAGUAUGGGGGGUGACAAGGAACACCGAGAGCAAAGGGGCGAAAGAACUUACUCAGCUUGGGGUGAAGAUGGUUCGUGGUGAUUUAGGUGAUGUACAGAGCUACAAACCACAUUUGUUGGGAAUGGAUGGAGCAUUCAUUAACUCUGAUUAUGACUCCAUCGUACCCACCGUGAAUGGAGAUACAAAAGCAGCGACGAAAGCAGAGUACGAACAGGUCAAAGCUCUCGUUGACGCAUGUAAGGAGGCUGGCGUGGCACAUAUCGUAUAUUCAGCUUUGGACGGAUAUGAAGAGGAAGAUAGGAAGGUACCGUAUUUUGAGAGCAAGGCUGAAGUCGCCAAAUAUAUCAACUAUGCCGUGGAACAAACGGGAGUUUGGGUGAAGAAGGCUUUUUUGGAUCAUACAACUUGGAGUGGCAAAGAUAUCCAAAUUUGUUCCGACUCGGUCACCCCUUUACAAAUAGCUGAAGAACUUUCGAAACUUAGUAAUCAAAAUGUAGUCACUCUGGGAUUGACCAAAGAGGACUUUUAUUCCGAGAAACACAAGAAGGAAGUUUGGGAACCGUUGUGGUUGAAUUACAAAUCAUAUGUCGACGGAUACUUUAUAAGGGAUAUCGAAGCGAGUCGAAAAGUCUGUCCUGACCAUGGGGAUUUUAAACAAUGGGCAGCUCAAGAUAAGGAAUUGAAGAAGAUUUUCGAUAGUGCGAGUAAGCAAGAUGGCAAUAGGGUAUGA